AUGGCUUCCUGGAAGUCCACAGGCACCUACGUUGACGAGGUUCCCCCACCUGGGGCGAACAUCGUGAGAGGCAUGUGGAUUUUCAUGGUGAAGCGGCCGCCGGGUUCCCCGCCUGUCUUCAAGGCGCGGUACGUGGCUCGUGGCUUCAGUCACCGGCAGGGAGUUGACUACUUUCAGACCUUCUCUCCCACCCCGAAGAUGACCACUCUUCGGGUGCUGCUGCACAUAGCCGCUCAGCGCGACUACGAGCUUCACUCUCUUGACUUCAGCACUGCUUUCUUGCAGGGUAGCCUGCACGAGGAGAUCUGGAUGCGCCGCCCACCUGGCUUCACCGGGACUUUUCCUCCUGGCACCCACUACCUUGGCUUGCAGAUCACCCGGGACAGAGCACGCCGCACCAUUCCUCUGACUCAGUCACACAUGGUGCAGCAGGUCCUUCAGCGCUUCGGCUUCAUGUACUCCUCGCCUCAGGCCACUCCUCUGCCUACUCGCCACUCGCUCUCAGCUCUGCUUUCGGAUGAGUCCGUAGAGUCGAGUGGCCCGUAUCCAGAGCUUGUUGGCUGCCUCAUGUACCUGAUGACGUGGACUCGACCUGACCUUGCAUACCCUCUUAGCAUUCUUGCACGCAAUGUUGCUCAUGGGAGACACAAACCGGAGCACAUGGCUGCAGCAAAGAGGGUGUUGCGCUACUUGUGCAGUACGUCGGGCAUGGGGCUUGUGCUUGGAUGGCGGAGUCCAGUGGUCCUCACUGGGCACGCAGACGCUUCUUGUGCGGACGACCAGGCUACGCAGCGGUCGUCACAGGGUUACACCUUCAGCCUUGGUUCCGGCUCUGUUUCGUGGCGGGCUACUCGCUCGUCUUCUGCUCUCGGCUCCAGUUGUGAGGCUGAGAUCUACGCUGGGGCCAUGGCUGCACAGGAGCUUCGCUGGCUCACCUACCUGCUGUCUGACUUUGGAGAGGUGCCUCGUUCUCCUCCAGUGCUGAACGUAGACAACAAGGCCAUGCUGGCCUUGUGUCGAGAGCAGAGAAUGGAGCACAGAAAGAAGCACAUUGCUCUUCGCUACUUCCUUGCUCGUGAGGUGCAGCAGCGUGGUCAGCUGCGUCUUGCUUACGUGGCCUCUGAGGCCAACACUGCUGAUAUCUUCACCAAGGCACUUGCGCCUUGUGAUCAUCAGUGCUUCUUUACUUAG